UCCUAUGCCGCGCAAAACGUCACUUAGGACGUUACCUUGCCGUAAAGUGUCAGCGCCACAAUUCAACCACAACUGCCAGAAAGAUUCCAUAUCGCUGUGGAAGGGACGGAGCGCUGUAAAGUAACGUAAAUCAACGCGAGACGCAACAGUGCAGGCUCGCGAUUCAUCGCAUAGUCAAGCCAAGGAGAAGACCAAGCUACCGUUUAGCUAGAGUAUCGGCCGCGGUUGACCGAAACAGCGAAUAAGCGGCACCAACAUUACAGAAGCCAGCUAGAAUCAAUUUUUGUUCCGACCAUUCAAGGAAGUUACACAAAAACGGAAACAUGCCAGACGAGGAUAAGGAAUCCUCCUCUGUACGGGUGGCCGUCAGAAUUCGUCCACAGAUACCGCGUGAGCUAAUCGAUAUGUGCCGGGUGUGCACACAGGUCACGCCUGGUGAGCCGCAGGUUUUGCUCGGAUCCGAUAAGGCCUUUACCUUCGACUAUGUGUUCGAUAUGAGUACGACGCAGGUAUCAGUGUACAAUAACUGCAUCGAAAAAUUAGUAGAUGGAGCUCUUCAAGGGUAUAAUGCUACAGUGUUGGCGUAUGGACAGACCGGAUCUGGCAAGACAUACACAAUGGGCACUGGAUUUGAACGUGCCGUACCGGAAGCACAGGAAGGUAUCAUCCCACGAGCCGUGCGACAUCUGUUCGAAGGCAUUGCACAGUUACAGCAAAAUCCAUACGACGAGAACGGGACAUAUCUGGGUGCCGUGACGUUCAGUGUGGCAGCACAGUUUAUGGAGCUUUACAACGAGGAAGUUAUAGAUUUGCUCGACCCGUACAAUAAAGGUGCACGUGUGUUUAAGAUUUUUGAAGAUUCAUCUGGCGGGAUUUCCGUAGCAGGUGCUACCAUAAAACCGUUGGCCGGUCCGCAAGAGGCGCUUAACUGCUUGCAGCAGGGCGCUCUGGCACGUACGACCGCGUCCACUCAGAUGAAUGAGCAAUCUUCGCGAAGCCACGCACUGUUCACAAUACUAAUUCGAAGGCAGCGUGUCAUGACAGCAGAACAGUGUGGCAAUGCGGAUGGUGACACGGAAACGCUUACCUCAAAAUUUCAUUUCGUCGAUCUGGCUGGUUCGGAACGGCUGAAGCGGACGGGUGCCACGGGCGAGCGGGCUCGCGAAGGAAUCUCCAUCAACUGUGGUCUGUUGGCGUUGGGCAACGUAAUAUCAGCGCUGGGAGAUAAAACUAAGAAGGUGUCCCAUGUACCGUAUCGUGAUUCGAAGUUGACUCGAUUGCUGCAGGAUUCGCUUGGAGGAAACAGUCAAACAAUCAUGAUUGCUUGCGUAUCGCCAAGUGAUAGAGAUUUUAUGGAAACGCUUAACACGCUCAAGUAUGCCAACCGAGCGCGAAAUAUUAAAAACAAAGUACAAAUUAAUCAAGAUCAAAGCUCGCGGACCAUAUCUUUAUUGCGGCGUGAAAUUGCCAAUCUACAGCUCGAAAUUCUCGAAUACAAACAGGGCAAACGUAGCAUUGAUGCAGAUGGUAAUAUAGCGAUAUCAGAUGUGUCACUUGAGAACGAGAUGCUAUCGCAAGACAACAAGCGGCUGCAGCAACGAGUGAAGGCGAUGCAAGAAACAAUAAACGCGCUAACGGAAAAGAACACAACGCUGCAGGCACAGCAGACGAUUGCUUCGCUGAACAAGGCCUCUGCCGCCGGUGCCGGUGCUGACCCGUCAAACGAGACCAAUGACUCUAGUCUGAUCUCCACUUCAGGUGGCAAUGAAUCAGCAAUGCAAGAACUGAUCGUUGGCUAUAUAAGUGAGAUAGAGAAGCUAAAGGCUAAAUUAAUCGAAUCAGAACAAAUGUUCCAACAGUUCAAAAAGGCAAAGAACUCACAGUCCAAGCUGGGCCUGAAAGCAUAUCCGUUUAUUGAGGAUAAUCCGGAAACGAUGAUCAACCUACUAAAGCACGAAAUGGAGAAAGAACGUGAAACCCUGAUGUCUCGAUCGUUGCCGGGGCUGGAAAAUGAAUCUAGCAGUUUGGAACAAAAUUCGGACAGUGAUUCCGAUACGGAAUCCGACGAUAAGGCCGAAGAUUUGCGGGCGGAAAUAUUUGACGUCAACUCCGACAUUGAACUGAAAGCGCGCCUUAUUGAGCAGCUCGAAGAAUCUCAGCAACGGUUGCAAAUUAUGCGCCAGCAGUACGAAAAGCAAUUUAACCUAAUGAAGGAAAAAAUUUCCAAUACCGAACGUGAACGGGAUGAAGUACUGGCCACUAUAGGUAACGGAGGAAUGGGUGCUAAUAACAACAAGGGACAAAACACAACCAAUGAGUCUGCUAUUAAGCGCGUGAAGGAUGAUUACGAGCGGAAGCUGAACGAGAUGCGCCGCCAGUUGAAUCAUUUCCAAGCGACCAAUAAAGAGCAUCUGCGACUGCAGCGUAAUAUGCAGGCACAGGAUGCAAAGAUUAAAACGCUACGUGGAGAGCUGGCAGAGUUGAAGCAAGUAAAAACGCGACUGAUGAAGAAAAUUCAGGAGGAAAGCAACCGGCACAAGGAAAUGGAGAGUAAAAAGACGCGCGAAAUCGCGCAACUGCGAAAGGAAACCAGAAAGCAUAAGAAUAUGAUAAAAUCCUUGCAGGCACAGGGUGUCGCCAAGGAUCAGGUACUGAAGCGAAAGACUGAGGAGGUUUUCAAUCUACGAAAAUCGCAGCGCGGUGUAAUGAGCUUAAAGGCGGCCGGGCGUGUACCGGCUACUGCUACCAUAAAUAGCAUGCUGCAGGGCACUAAACGAUUCAAGAUGCGGUGGGAAGAGCUGCAGCGUACGAUCAUGCGAGCGGCCCGUUCGCGACAAGCAAUACUGGAGCUGGAGAUGGAGCUAGACCGCGUUAUGCAGGAGCGUGAUAUGCUUUGUCGUGAUUUAAACAACGUGCGGCAUCGCAGAAAGGAUAAUGCAGAGUCAACGCUGCACGAUCUGGUGUCGGAGGAAGACACAUUAAUUGCAAACAUGAACUAUCUGCACGAUACGAUCGACGAACUACAAAAGUCCAUCAUCCAAAUAGAGGACGGCAAGGACUUGAACACUGAGCACGCAAUGCUGCAAACCAUAAUGGAUAACAUCGGUACCGUUGAUGAGGCCAAGUUUAUGUUGCAGCGAGUGUGUAGCAUUACCAUUGGGCAUGUUUGUGAGGCGGGCGUGACACAAUCUAAGCUACGCGAACGAGAUGCACUGCUUACGGAACUUCAACGGGAUACCAGCGUCCAGGAGCAAUUGCUGCAGUACAUUUUGACGCGCGCACCAGCAACUUCAACGUCGGAAACUAGCUUCAGUUCCGCGCAAUCGGCCAACUCGUACGUGACCCAGUCGCAAUCGAAUUUGUUGGAAAAUGGCGAACCACAGCCGUCCUCAUCGCAGUACCGUUUGCCACACGUUGUUGAUUCUACGACGCGAAGCCCUUCACCAAGCAGCAGCAACACAAAUCUCGAUUCUAUCGUCACCUACAGGAACUCCUCGAAACAAAGACGAAACCCUGCCGUGGUGCCUUCGGUGGCUGCCAUUCAGGAUUUGCUGUACGGCAGCAGCUCCGGCUACCUCGGUCCGGCCGGUGACGGUGCUGGCAUGCCGGAUAGGAAUAGCAAUGCCAGCGCCGGUAUCGGCUGUACCGGUGCUAGCAACGGAGUGAGCGGUGGCGGCAGUAAGCUUGAAAAAGUGGGUAUUUGUAUUUAUCUCGAGGAUUCCGCAGAUGAAGAUGACACGAAGCACCCGCCCUCUCUGCAGGACCGGCACGACAGGUCGGACGUUAUGACCCGCUCGUACACGAUACUGGACGGGGCGAUGGAUCCAGUUGCGGCUGCUAAUGCCGGUCUCCCAAUUGCUCCACCGCCGCCGGUGGUUCCCGUACCCGCUCGAACGUUUGUACCGCUUUCGCGUGUUCCAAGUGCACCCGGUUCGCUUAAAGGUCUUCAACCGCACCAGGGCAUAUCACGACAGAACAGCACGGCAUCGCCGCUGCUUGCCAGAAAAUCAUUUGAAGCGAGUGCUGCUGCACCACCGUCGCCAAGAAUAAGCCGAAGGACCUUCACCAGCAAAAUGUCUCCAGGAAUCGAGGACGCAAGCGAUGUACCUACGUCACCACCAGUUUAUCGGCGUGGUAUCUCACGCGAGGAUAACGGGGACGUAUUUUCCCGACUCGGAGCCGGUACGCAGGACCCACAACCCGGAGGAAACAUUAAAGAGCUCAAUGGAAGGUAUAAGGCUGGUUCUCCGCUUAUCUGUACGCAUGUGGUCGAAGGACACUCGAACUCGGUACUGUCGAUCAAGGUGAGCAAUCAGAUGCUCUUCACAGCGGCUGCCGAUCGGACGGUGAAGGUUUGGGAUUUGCGAGCGAAUUCUACGCCACACUGUUUGACUGGGCAUCUCGGUCCGGUAGCAGCAGUUGAGUAUGAUCGUGUGAACAAUCUGCUCUUUUCGGCCUCGGGAGCCUUCGUCAAAGUGUGGGAUCUGCGGAGCAGCAAUAUUCGUCCAAUAAUCACGCUAUGUUCAUCCGGCACGACUUUACCGGCUAAUGCAACGCUAUCCGACCUAGUGCCUGGUGAAUGUUCCAUUACGGCAUUAACGAUGGGGGCAUCCGGUAAACUCUACACGGCAGCUUCCGACAAAGUCCGGUUCUGGGAUCUACGUCAAUUCUCUUGCCUCGGCCGAUUGUCCGGUGGGCAUCAAGCUGCCGUGAUGUGUUUGACCGCUUGGGAGGGGCCCAACAAUACCGACCUGGUAGCGACCGGAUCGAAAGACCACUACGUGAAAGUGUUCGAGGUGAACUCGAGUGGUGGUGUCGUUCAGCCGCUGCUAAAUCUGGAACCGCCGCACUACGACGGUGUGCAGGCAUUGGCCGUCGCGAACGAUGCAACCGGUGUUGAUGCGGAACUGUUUUCCGGGAGCCGCGACUCCGGUAUCAAAAGGUGGGACCUGCGUAACGGGGAGCUCAAACAGUCGCUCAACAAUGCCCACAAAGGUUGGGUGUCCGGGAUGGCCAUCUACGGUGAUAUUUUGUUGUCUAGCUGUCGCGGUGGCGUUGUGCGGCUGUGGAAUAUUAAAACUUGCGACAGUCUGGCCGAAAUGAAAACAGAACAAUCGAUCAACGACAUCGUGACGAGCGAUAAUCGUGUAUUUACAGCAUCGAAUGAUGGAAAAGUUCGCUUGUGGCGCGUUUCUUCCUCGAUUCGACGACUAGGACCAAACGAGAGUAGCAUAUGACGCCAGCGCACGGAAGCGAUGCCUGAAUCUGGCCGGGCAAUGUUCCACAGACAGAGCAGUAUGCGCCAAAAUAGUAUGACCCAGUCGGCGGAGAACUCGAGAGUUCUCGGUGACGGCAGGGCAGCAUUACCAAUGACACGUAGUGGCUACAACUCAUCCUCCAAUGUAUCCUCCUCAACGGUGGUAUUCUCGUCAUCGUCAUCAUCCUCCUCGUCAUCUGCACCCAUGACAAACGCUUCCGUGCCUCCCUUAGCUACAGGUAGACCAUUAGUGCCCAACAGUACCGCGACCGGUUUGGCAUCGGUGUCCAACUCGUUGCGAAAUAGUAAGCUAUAUCGCAGCCUAAACCACAACUAUCUCAGUAUUUUGAAUCGCACAAAUCGAAGGUAGUUCCUACUGGGGCUGUUGGCUGGAUGGAUAUGUUAUUUUCAGUCGCUAAAUGCUAUUAUCAUUUUGCUAUUCAUUCAUACCAAUUAUUUUCUGCUCAUCGGCCGCCCUACAUUAAGAAAAAGAGUAUACAUUCCCAGUGGGACCUAGUUUGGCAGCUCGAGCAUUCUUUUGUGUACAUAUACAUAUUCAUUAUCAGCUUUUGUUUGAGGAUUAAUACUGAAACAUUGAGCUUGGCUAACAGUAGCAAAACAUCGUUUUUUUACGUGAUAUGUAACUAUAUUUUUUCACAAAAAACCAAAACGUCCUGUAAUCAUGCAGAACAUGACAUUUAAUUUGUAAUAGAUUUUUCCCUCAUCCUAAGCAUACGUUAGGAUUUGGUUCACAUUUCCGCACUGUUCAAUUGUAUUAUCAUACUAUCAGAUCAAUGUUCAUUUACCCCAAAUACAGAUGAAGUUUAAUAUUGGUUGUGAUUUUAGUUUGUAGGAGAAACCGAUUUGAGUAUUCGCUUAUUUCGUUUUCAUCGCUUAUACUCCACCUAUUAUUACCUAAUCAAUUAGCCAAGACCGCUUUCUACCGACAUUUUAUUAAUCUUUCUGAAAUUGAAAGAGCAAAUAUUUGUGUUUGAAGGCAGUGAUAGAUUAAUUAAAAUGACAAUUUAUGCCUAAUUUACCAGUAUUCUCAGAACGUGUAAGCAACAACGAUAAAAUUUACCACGUUGCAACGUUUAAGUAUUGAAUAAGUUCUUCUCCCACAUACCCCCUGGCGAUCAGUAUUUUGUUGCUAUUUUGGCAAAACAAAUCCUUUCCCGGUUUAGCAUCGUGUAAAUUGUACUCAUUUAAGGCAAAACAUUUCCGUGUAGUAAGAUGUAGGAAUUGCAGUUUUUCGUCGAUUGAUUGUUUUUGCUACAAAAUUCAUAUCGUCCGACUGCAGUCCGAUAGAGAACUGUGAAAAUGUGAGAGAAACAUGGGAAAGGAUCGAAAUGAUUUACAAAAGAAUACAGGUACAUUACAGGCGCGAGGAAGUAUGUUUAGAGUUUGUGAAUGUAUAGAUGGAGUUGGCAUGUGGAAUAUUUAGGACUGGCAGAUAAAUGUUAUGUAAUUAUGGUCGAUUGUUGAGUGUAUACUACAUGGAACAGUGUAUAAAACUCGACCAGCGCAGUACAGAUGCUACGUAGGAACGUUCGAAAUGAAUAAACACAAGAAAAUAUCUUACUAAUUUUGAAAAUAUGCAGUGUCGUCAAUUAUAAACAUUUUGUUUAUUUGGAAAAAAAUAUAUGUAUAUGG